AGGAAUCGCGUCGGUCGUCGCCAUCAAAUUGAGAAGAAGUCGUCGGGUUGAAACGAAACGUUACGUCGAAGCUGCCAGAACGUCGUUGGGUAGCGGGCGGAGGCGGGGAGACUAUGAACAAAGUAAAGGGAAGAGAGAUUCCCUCGGAGGACGAAAGAAACGAAAUGAUGCGUCAAUCGUAGAUGGAAGACAACAAUGAAAGGCGAAAACUAAGGGGUGAAGCUAGAAGAGACGUCGUCAGCAGAUCAAAGUGUGUGGCAUGGUAUGGUAUGUAACAGUACAAAGGCUGAGAGCGGCGAAGCAUGAUGGUACGAAGGUCGGGAUACGGAUCACGUGAUGGGUCUGUUGCAUGACGAGACAACUACCUAAACUACACGGACCAGAAGACGACGAUCAUUUCUAUUCGUCCAUGGCCUAUCGUUGACUCGAAAAUAGGCGCCUCCCAACGUGUCAAGUCCCCUUUUCCCCUUCUGUCUCCCGCAGGUACCCGUUGAAAUCAUCCGUGGCUUCGAGUCUGGACUGAGCUGGCUACAAGCUCAAGGCACAUCUUUUCUUGGCGCCACCUCCACUACGCGGACCCUGGAUUCGGGGACGCUUACCCACUGUGCCUUAAUUAGAUCGCCCUAAAACCCGGUGCCCCCUAGCUACAGCUCACCUCAGUUUCAGCUCGCUUCGACGUCAUUUCCCAACUUGGACUUUGAAACUUUCAACACCACAACCAAGGCCAACUCUACACAAACAAGCAUGAUCUGCUGUAGAGUAUGAUCAUCAGACAACUUCCUCAGGAUGUCGUCGACAAAAUUAAAUCAUCGGUCAAUAUCACUUCUCUGAACGGCGUUGUUUGCGGUCUUAUCACAAACUCUUUAGACGCCGGCGCAUCCAAGAUCAACAUCUCGAUCGACUACAGCAGGGGAAAUUGUACCGUUGAAGAUAACGGGUCCGGAAUUCCACCCGAAGAAUAUAAAGAUGGCGGGGGCCUCGGGAAGCUCCACCAUACAUCCAAGUUCCCUUCAAAGUCUUCUGUUCAUGGAAAGCAUGGUGAUUUCUUAGCAUCCCUUGCUACCUUUUCCCUUCUGACAAUCACAUCUCACCACCAAAGGCAUAUUUCGCACAAUUCUAUCUCGUUUCACAAUUCUCGAAUACUGGCUAGACAGUUGCCUUCGCCCCCUGAAUCACGGAUUGUCAACUUUGAUCAUGGUACUCGUACGACUGUUCGAGAUCUCUUCGGCAAUAUGCCAGUCAGGGUCAAGCAAAGAGUCAUAUUUACUGAGAGGUCUGCUCUUGACAAAGAAUGUUCGAAAUUGAUCCGAGCUAUCAUAGGCUUGCUCCUUGCUUGGCCAUAUGGUGUAUCCGUUUCGCUCAAGAACGCAGGAACCCAGCGCGAAAUGCGAUUUCGACCAGCUGACAAAUCAGACAUCAUGUCUAAGACCUCUCGACUUCUCACACAAGCUGGCCUUGCCGAUUCAGACGAUGCAGACACCUGGGUGCCCGUAUCAGCAUCAUGCGGGCCGAUUUCCGUCAAAGGCGCUAUCUCUACGAAUCCAGUUGCGACACGGCGCUCUCAAUUUAUCAGCCUUGGGAUUCAUCCAGUCAGUAAUGAGUUUGGCACCGAUGUUCUUUAUGAAGAAGUCAACAGGACCUUUGGAAACUCUAGCUUCGGUGUGAUUGACGGUGAUGAAGACCAUAACGGUAACUCGCCGAAGCUGGAAGAGUUUACAGGGAGAGAUUUGAAGAGUAGGAAAGGCAUCGAGAGAUGGCCCAUGUUCUAUCUCAAAAUCAGCACUGAGGGGUUGGAGGGCCUCGACAGCCCAGAUCGGCUUGACAGUCAAGGCCAGACAUUGUCUGCAAUCAUUGAUCUUUUGAAGGCAACAUGUUACGGAUUUCUCAAAAAGCAUCAUUUUCGUCCACAAAAGGUUCGACUAGCCCCUGAAGAAUCUUUAUUCUCGACAGCAAGAACGUUGGGUCGGUCGAAAAAGCCUAAGAAGCAACCAGCCUCAUCAUCGAAUAGCUCUCGAGCUAGUUCCGUUGCUCCUGUCUCCAGAUCUGGUUCACUUGGGCCACGAGCAGACAGUCCCUUUGAGGGUUGGCACCGGGUCAAAGUUGGGAGAGCUACGCCACUCAGCGCCACCUCAAAGGCGACAGAUGUUCGUACAAAGAUGCGACAAGAGUCACGUCUCGUUGGAGAAGGCGGGAAAUUGCUGCGCAAACCGUUUGAUGAGCCAUCCCCUGAACCAGAAGACGAGAAAGCAGGCUCGUCUGCAAACAGUGGUGUGAUCUCUGGCACAUGUACUACUGACGACACAACAGGUGGUGGUGACACAAGCAGCAGUGUUACCUGUCAAGGUGCACAGAAGCGAGACAAACAUCCUAGCAAAUGGCUCCAGGGUGUCAUCAGCUCAUGGGAGAAUCCUAUUUUUCACCCUGUAGAACCAUCGGUGCCGUGUAUCGACGGUCCAGCACAAGACCAGCUACAUGCGUGUGGUCAUGGAAGCGUUCAUGUUGGUUUCGAAACAGGCUCCAUGAGUCUCAGUGGACGAAUCUCACGUCACGCGCUUGCUCGCGCUACCGUGAUAGAACAGGUCGACCGCAAAUUCAUACUGGUGAAACUUCCCCUUGAACGUGCAGUAUCUGGGACCUUGGCGCACGAGAAGCAGAGUUCUGCCUUGGUCAUGCUCGACCAGCACGCGGCUGACGAGCGAUGUCAACUUGAGGACCUCAUGGCGAGCUAUUUCGCCCACGACCCCUCGACAAACCAAACUUCAUCCGUAAUAGAACCUCUCAACCGACCCGUAAUCUUCGAAGUCUCAAAAGAAGAAUGGCGCUUUCUUGAACAAUACCGCGAUUACUUUGCUGCUUGGGGCAUCACAUACCAAACACCCAUCUCCUCACAAAACAAAAUCAUAGUUACGGGUCUCCCUCCAAGCAUAAUCGAGCGGUGCAGAUUAGAGCCCCGGCUACUCAUCGAACUUUUGCGAACAGAAGUUUGGCGAAACGUGGAUAGUAGUGUUCCACUUGCGCGACCAUCAACCACAACCCCUGACAAGCCGUUGAUAUCACGUUUCAACGGGUGUCCAAGGGGUAUUCUGGAAUUACUACACUCUAGAGCUUGUCGAAGUGCCAUCAUGUUCAACGAUGUUUUGUCGGUAAAUCAAUGUGAGCAUCUCAUAGAUCGCUUGUCGCGUUGUGCAUUUCCCUUUCAGUGCGCGCAUGGUCGACCCAGUAUGGCGCCCUUGAUUGAUCUUGGAAACGGGGCCAAAUUUGGCGGUUGGCAAGAAUCAAAACGACAAAAGACUAUUUCAUGGAAGAGCUGGAUAGGGGAGUCAUGAUGGUUGUGUGCGUUUCUCGAUACCCUUUGUUACAUAGAGGUUUUUACAUUUCAGCAUUAGGCAGUUUUAGAGUCUUCUGCAUCCAAAGCAACAUUUCAUUGAACCACUUUAUGAAGCAAAUAUGCAAGCAACUAGGGAUAUCUUUCUAAAUUAACAGGCAUUUGAUGAACUCGAAC